GCGCAUGCGCAGGCGGCGGCGGCGGCGAGGCUACUGGUCGCGCGAGCGGCCGGCGCUAUGGGGCUGAGCCGUGUGCGGGCCAUUUUCUUUGACUUGGAUAACACUCUCAUCGACACUGCCGGGGCGAGCAGGAGAGGCAUGUUGGAGGUGAUAAAACUCUUACAAUCAAAAUACCAUUAUAAAGAAGAGGCUGAAAUCAUCUGUGAUAAAGUUCAAGUUAAACUCAGCAAGGAAUGUUUUCAUCCUUACAAUACAUGCAUUACUGAUUUAAGGACUUCACAUUGGGAAGAAGCAAUCCAGGAAACAAAAGGUGGUGCAGCCAAUAGAAAAUUGGCUGAAGAAUGUUAUUUCCUUUGGAAAUCUACACGUUUACAGCAUAUGACACUAGCAGAAGAUGUCAAAGCCAUGCUUACUGAACUUCGAAAGGAGGUCCGCCUACUUCUCUUAACGAAUGGGGAUAGACAGACCCAGAGGGAGAAGAUUGAGGCUUGUGCCUGUCAGUCCUAUUUUGAUGCUGUCGUUGUAGGUGGAGAGCAGAGAGAGGAGAAACCAGCACCAUCCAUAUUUUAUUACUGCUGCAAUCUUCUUGGAGUACAACCUGGGGACUGUGUGAUGGUCGGUGACACAUUAGAAACCGACAUCCAAGGAGGCCUCAAUGCAGGAUUGAAAGCAACAGUCUGGAUCAAUAAAAAUGGAAUAGUGCCACUAAAGUCCUCCCCAGUUCCGCAUUACAUAGUUUCUUCUGUGCUGGAGUUACCUGCUCUCUUACAAAGUAUAGACUGCAAAGUCAGUAUGUCCACUUAAAGCACAUAAAAGGACAUGAUUAUGAAUGUUAGAGUCAAUUUGCAGAGUAUGAAAUAAGAAAAGUUAGGGCACUCCACUUACGAUAAUCCAGCUCUAAUUUUACUUAUGAUUUAAUGGCCAAUAUUUUGAAGAGCUUCCCAACCCUAUUGCUUCUAAGUUGUAACAACCAACCAUUGAGUGGUACUUCUAUCUGAAAAUUCAAAUUGCAUUAAUACAGGUCAGUAGUGUAGCUCAGAAAAUUUGAGGAAAUAUAUUAUUUGUUAGUCCGUAACUGGAGCUUUUUAAAAUUAUGUUAUUAAUCUUUUAGUAUCUUGGGUGCAUAACACCAAGCAGGAUUGCUUUACAUAUGGAUGCACAAAUGUAAGGUUUAUCUUUUGGCAUAAAAAUAGAUAUUCUAAAACACAUUUAUCAAAGCAACUGAAUCUGGUUAAUAUGAAAUAAGUACUAAGUCACAUGCAAAUCAAGGUAUUUUAUAGUGAAAUUAUUUUGCAUAUUUUGAAAGCAUAAACCAUAGUUUUUGCCUACUUUGGAUGUAUACUUUCUUUUAUGAAUCUGAUUUUUCUGUAUGACUUUUUUUUUUCAGAGGGCAGGGAGCAAUUUUCCUAUGGCAUGUGACAGAUUCCUCCAGUUAGAAAAAGCUAUUAAAAUCAACACGUGGUGCUCCUUUACCAUGACGUUUUCUCACCUGUGCACAGUAAGCUGGUAGCUUCCUUGUAGUCUUCACCUCUCCAGGAAAUGUUUUCACUAUCUUUUCCUGGACACACAGUGGGGUUGAGGGAGCUAGACUGUUUUGCUAUAGAUAAUUGCAAGGCACAUGGCACUAAAAGUCAUUUUUCUUUUGUGGAUCCGUAAGAGGAACAUUUCCUCAGUGUAGCCUAACCAUGCAGCCCCAAUCCGUUCCUUUUUUUGUUUGUUUUUUUGAAAUGGGAUCUCUGUCACCCAGGUUGGAGUGCCAUGGCACCAUCUCGGCUGACUGCAACUUCUGCCUCCUGAGCUCAAGUGAUCCUUCCACCUCAGCCUCCCAAGUAGCUGGG